AUGGCUAAGAACAAAAGGCAAGCGGCCCUCGAAGCCGAGAUAACGAACAUGGCUAACAAGGCCACAUAUAGUGAAAUCUGUAAUACAGGACCAGGGGAAUUCUUUGAACCAAAACCCCCUGACGAACAAGUACUUGUGGAACCAGCAGAACAGAGGUUGGACGCCAUCUAUGACGAAGAGCCUUUGGGAUUUGAAAAAGAUCCAGUAACGUCAAGUGCAAAGAUGUUGGCGCAAGAUCCUCUCGAAGAGAUUGAUCUCAGGGAAGGAAGCGAAAAAAGAAUUACCUACAUCAAUGUUAAACUGGACCCCAAGUUGAAAGUGAGAGUGAUUGAAUUACUAAGGAAGAACAAAGAUUGCUUCGCUUGGGAUUAUGACGAGAUGCCUGCAACCCCUAAGGAUGAGUAUCCAAUGCCUGUGGCAGAGAUGUUGGUUGACUCAGCCGCAGGCUAUGAGUAUCUCAGCAUGCUUGAUGGAUAUUCUGGCUAUAACCAGAUUUUCAUCGCAGAAGAAGAUGUUUCUAAAACAGCUUUUCGAUGUCUAGGGGCAAUAGGCACUUAUGAAUGGAUAGUCAUGCCUUUUGGCCUAAAAAACGCUAGGGCAACAUACCAGCGAGCAAUGAACUCUAUAUUUCAUGAUUAUAUAGAGACAUUCAUGCAAGCUGAAGAUUUCCUGGGCUUUGUGGUCCACAAAAAGGGGAUAGAAAUCAAUCAGAAAAAGACGAAGGCUAUUAUGGAGACCAAAGCACCAUCAACCAAAAAGGAACUGCAAUCAUUAUUAGGAAAGAUAAAGUUCAUAAGAAGAUUCAUCUCGAAUUUAAGUGGUCGAACUCAAGCCUUCUCUCCCCUUCUGCGCCUGAAACAAGGCAAGUUCGAGUGGAACGACGAACACCAAGAGGCAUUCGACAAGAUCAAACAUUAUCUGACGGAUCCUCCCAUCUUGGCACCACCGUGUGGAACGAAGCCUAUGAGACUGUAUAUAUCAGCUUCCGACACUACCAUAGGUAGCAUGUUGGCGCAAGAGAAUGAAGAUGGCGUCGAAAGAGCCAUUUACUACCUUAGUAGGGUUUUAAAUGAUGCGGAAACUAGAUACACUUCAAUAGAAAAGUUGUGUCUUUGUUUGCAUUUCUCUUGUACUAAACUUAAAUAUUAUAUAAAACCUAUUGAUGUAUACGUCUCUUCGCAUUUUGAUGCCAUCAAGUACAUGUUAUCUAAGCCAAUAAUGCACAGUCGAAUUGGCAAAUGGGCUUUAGUGCUCACUGAAUACUCUUUAACCUUUAUGCCUUUAAAGGCAAUGAAGGGACAAAUAGUAUCAGAUUUUAUUGUAGACCAUGCACUGGUCGAAAAUCCUCAAUUUCAAGUUGAGUUGAAACCUUGGAAAUUAUUCUUCGACGGUUCCACUCAUAAGAAUGGAAGUGGGGUUGGGAUAAUGUUACUCAAAAAAUUCGAGUACGUCGACAUAAAACAUGUUCCUAGAAUAAAAAACCAAGAGGCUAAUGACUUAGCACAAAUAGCCUCAGGGUAUAGAAUUUCAAAAGAAAAGCUAGAAGAGCUUGUCAAAGUAAGAGGAAAGGCAAUGUAUGCCAGAUUAUCUCCGACGGAUUUGGAAAGUACCCAGUUAGGAUAUGCUAACAAAGAGGAGUUUGAAGUAUUGGCCAUUCAUACCUUGAUAGAUACAGAUUGGAGGAAUCCGAUUAUUAAUUAUCUCAAGGACCCUUCGAAAGACACGGAAAGAAAAACCAAGUACAGGGCUUUAUCUUACAUAUUGAUAGGGAAUGAAUUAUUCAAGAAAACCCCUGAAGGGGUCCUGUUGAAAUGCUUAGGAGAAAGCGAAGCUUACUUGGCAUUAUCCAGUGUACACAGUGGAGCUUGUGGAGCACAUCAGGCAGGCCAUAAGAUGAAAUGGUUGCUUUUCAGAUAUGGAAUGUAUUGGCCCACCAUGUUAAAAGAUUGUAUAGAGUUUGCUAAGGGUUGCCAGGAAUGUCAAUACACGCAGGAAUUCAACAUGCUCCUGCAAGCGAACUUCAUACGAUUAUUAAGCCUUGGCCCUUCAGAGGUUGGGCAUUAG